UACCUGGCUGCACUGAUAGAAGGUGCUGUCAAAACUGUAGCGUACGUCACUGGAGGACAGUACACGCCCACUGUACUGGUAGGCUCUCUGAAGAUAAUUCCCGCCGAUAUGGUCCAGAUACGCUGUGUAGAAGGCUGUCUGGUAUCAUCAUCCGAAUGUUGACCGUCUCGGAGAGAUGAUUGAACUCGUCUUGCUUGCGCAUACACACACCUAUUCUCGGGAAACAUUUUCCGUUUGCAACAGAGUGCACACUCGCUCAAACGCAUUCCUCAAAGUUUUAUGCUCUGUGUUGUUUACAGUUGAUUAACUCUUUCUGAGUUAUGGAUGUCUUGAGUCAAAAGAUACGCAUGUGCUUUAUUGUGUUGGUGUUACUGAACGCGGUGGGCAUAUCUUUUGCUGUUAAAAGGACGUACGUCAGAGGAUCAGAGCGUCUCCAUCCACCUCUGGACAUUGAGCUGGAGACGAUCAACUGCACUGCAGUCCGGGUCAAGUGGUGGAUACCCUUGAGACACAUCAGUACUGUUACAGGUUACAAGGUGUUUUACACUGAGAUGAGGAAUGGCCGUCCAGCAAGUUCAGCAGUAGCAGUGAAUGUUCGUCUCAGUUUGGACGUGUUGGCUGCAGUAAAGUUCAAUGGGCACACCAUUUUUGAUGUAGAAAUUGGCAGUUUGAAGAUGGCAGCUCAGUAUGUGUUUAGUGUCGGUGCGUAUGGAUGGGCAGGAGAGGGACGACCCAGCGUGCCACGGAGAGUCAGCACCUUCCAACCAGAGAUGUGCAUGCCCCCCUCGGCCCCCUCACAACCAGCCGUAAGGGCUGUGUCGGACACUGAAACUGAGUUGUCAUGGAAACAGAGUGAAAGAAAGGGAAGCUCACCCGUCCUUCAUUUCAUUGUGUAUUAUAUCAGACCAGAGCUGGACUCUGAUUGGACGUCCCUAAAGGAUCCAGUGAACAGCAGCUCGGUGGUUGUGAGAGGACUGGAUCCUGACACUCAGUACCAUUUUGCUGUCCAGGCAGUCAAUGUCUACGGAGCCAGCCCACACAGUGCCAUCACUGACCCAGUAUGGACCUUCAUCUCUGUGUUAGGUGUGCAGGAAGGGGGCAGCGGGAGCCUGGGUCAGGGUUCUCCUGGCAACGGCAACAUUCAUCUGGAGGAUUUGACUGACGUUAAGAACUCUGAUUAUGGGGCCCUCAUUCAGGAGCCACUUUUCUCUCUAGAAGAAGACCGAAGAUCUCUGCCGAGGUCCCGAACAUGGAGUCCCAUCUCUCACACAGGGGGAGGAGGAAUGUCUUCUAGAGAGAACACUGCUGAUUCUGGCACCAUCAUCACUGUUAACAAGGCAACCACUAUAAUAUCCACCUCUACCACACCCAUUCCCACCAACCACACCCAUACCACCGACCCAGUUGCCCUCACCUCGUCUCCUGGCCUGGAUAGCCUUCUGCCGACCCCUAGCUCAGCCCCACUCCCGGCCCGCUCCACCCUGGCUGGCCCCCUCUCCCCUACCCCUCCCGGCCCCAGGUCCCAGUGGAAGGGACAGGUGAGGGGGCUGUAUGACCUGGCCUGUGAGGACGCUGUAUGUUCUCUCAACAGUGUGUGUGUAGAUGACUACCAAAGUGGGGGAUCUCGCUGUUACUGUGCCCUGGGCCGAGGAGGGGACGCCUGCUCUCAGGUUGUAGUGGUGAAAUAUCCACAGUUUUACGGCUUCUCCCAUGUUGCCUUUGAGCCUCUGAAGAAUUCCUAUCAAUCCUUUCAGAUCAUGCUUGUGUUUAAGACUGACUCAGAGAAUGGCCUUCUGUUGUUCUGUGGGGAGAAUGAACAUGGCAGUGGAGACUUCACCUCGCUGGCUCUCAUACAUGGGAAGCUCCACUUUAGGUUUAACUGUGGCACAGGCACUGCCCAGAUAGUGAGUGGGAGUCGGGUGGCACUGGACCAGUGGCACAGUGUCGUUGUCGGCAGGGAGGGUGCGAUUGGCUGGCUAAGACUGGACAAUGACACACCUGUCACAGGACACUCACAGGGGGACUACAAUAAGAUCACAUUCAGAACCCCUCUUUACGUGGGCGGCUCCCCUAAUGCUUAUUGGCUGGCCAGGACAGCAGGGACCAAUCGGGGUUUCCAGGGGUGUAUCCAGACGCUAAGUAUCAACAGCAGGGUGACGGACAUGAGGCCUUGGCCAAUGGGAUGGGCUCUUAGUGGGGCGGAUGUGGGAGAAUGCAGUGCCAGUGUCUGUGAAGGGGUCACCUGUGCCAAUGAAGGAACUUGCUUUGCCAGCCAUGCAGAUGGGUACAUAUGUCUGUGCGCACUGGGUUAUAGGGGUCCUCUAUGCCAGGAGAGCUUCCAGCUGGUGGUGCCGUACUUUAACGCGUCUGUGCUGUCGUACGCCAGCGCCCCCUGGCCUCGGUCUUCCAGACACUACCUGUCCUGGAUGGAGUUUGAGGUGACCUUCAGGCCGACGGCUCCUGAUGGCAUUCUGCUCUACAGCCAGGACUCAGCCAGCAGAGACUUCCUGUCAAUCAGUCUGCUGGGAGGAUACUUGGAGUUCAGCUUCGACUGUGGCUCUGGGACAGCCACCAUCAGGAGUGAAGAGACGCUCACAAUGAACGAGUGGCAUGAGCUGCGUGUCUCCAGGACGGGCAGAGAGGGCAUCCUGCAGGUGGAUAACCAGAUGCCCACACACAGCCUGGGUGAGGGAGCAUUCACUCAGAUCAGGUGCAGCGGUCCUCUGUACAUCGGGGGCGUUCCAGAACACACCAACCCCAGGACUAAGAUCAACGCUGGUGCCGCCUUGCUCCACCACUUCACUGGCAGUAUCCAAAAGAUCACUCUUAAUGAGCGCAGCAUCCGUCUGCCCCAGGACUUCUCUGAAGGGGUAAACAUGGAGAACUCCCUGCACCCCUGUGUAGACUCCCCCUGUGCCAACAGGGGCACAUGCCGCCCAAAACAGGCCUUGUAUGAGUGUGACUGUCCCCUGGGAUACACUGGAAAGCACUGUCUACAAGUAACCGAGGCAACUGAGACUCCCCAGUUUAUUGGACGAAGCUACCUCGUUUAUAACAACAAGGACAUUUUAAAGAGGGUGUCAGGCUGCAGGACUCAUGUGUUGCUGCGCUUUAGGAGCUCCGCUCAGGAUGGCUUGUUGCUAUGGCGAGGCCACACUCCUGUGAGAGCCAACAGUGACUUUGUUUCUCUGGGCUUGGUCGACGGGGCUCUCAUCUUCAGCUAUAACCUUGGAAGUGGUGUUGCCAUAGUAAUGAUCAAUGGAACCUUUAGUGAUGGACAAUGGCAUCGGGUCAAGGCAGUCAGAGAUGGCCAGUAUGGGAGCCUGACAGUGGACCACUAUGAGACCAGUACAGGGAGAUCACCAGGCAACAUGAGACAGCUCAAUACCAACAGCAUGGUGUACCUGGGUGGAAUGAAAGAGGUUGGCUUGUAUACCCAUGGCCAGUACCUGUGGGGCCUGGUGGGCUGCAUUUCUCAGCUCACCCUCUCUACUGACUACCACCUGUCUCUGGUGGAGGAUGCUGCCGCCGGCAAGAACAUCAACACAUGCCGGCCCUGACAGCUGCUAACCUCGUUUCCCUGGGUACUCAUUUACAGGGGGGACUCAUUUACAGGGGAGACUCAUUUACAGGGGGACUCAUUUACAGGGGGGACUCAUUUACAGGGGGGACUCAUUUACAGGGGAGACUCAUUUACAGGGGAGACUCAUUUACAGGGGAGACUCAUUUACAGGGGAGACCAUGAGCAGACUAUAUCAUGUUUUAUAAUUAUGUUCAUAUUCACUGUAUGUCUUCGGAUGAACCCAAACACUCAAUUGAUGGUUAAACUUGCAAAUAUUUAAUUAUUUAUAGUUUUUUUACUGUAAAUAAUUUCCAUUGUUUUGAGAAUGUAUAGAUUUUGGGGGGGGGGGGAUUCCCGUCUCAUGGGCAGUAUAGAGGCAUGAAACAGCCUUCUAGAAUCUCUUCGUGCCUGAUACUGAGGUGGGGUGUAGGGUUUUGUACUGUCAGAUACUGCUAUCCAGCUGUUUUGUGUAUUUAAUCCCGUAAUACAUGCAUUGUGUUUACUUUAUGUUCAUAUUCUUAACGCUUAUUAUUUCUUAUUGUUGUUGCAUUGUACAGAAGGAACCUGCAAGUUAGCAUUUCCUUGGACUGUGUACACCAUGUGUAUCCUGUACAUAUGACAAACACAACGUUCAACUUGCAUUGUAACCAUAUAUCUGUCAAAGGAAAUAUAUAGGAUGUAUAUGUAUUGCAAUAUGCGGUAUAUUUUAUGGAUGUGGAAAUAUAUACAAAUGCCAUAACAUGUCCUGACAUGCCUUUUUACAAACAUAAACAUUUGAAAUAGCAUGUUA